AUGCGCAAGAGUCCAUUAAUGAAAGAAAACAUGAAAGCUAUUCACAAUUAAAAAUUUUCAUAUUUAAAUAAGAGUAAGUAAAAGACAUCUUCUUUGGAAAAAAAUUCAUACUCAAACCGAUCUCUCUUAAAUGAGAUGCAACAUUAAACACCAAAUUAACCAAAGAAAAAUAUUUCAACUUAAGCAUCAGAUUAGAAACUGCAUAAUUGUACAUUAAAUAUUAAUAUAAAGAAAGUUAAAUACUGAAAUCAUUAAUGAAAAUAUAAAAUAGAACAAAUCCAAUAUUAGCAUAAUAGAAUUGCUAUGCAGGAGUGAAAUUAAAUUUCAAUAAUUGUAUAAGUAUUGAACAUAAUUUAAAUAAAGGCAAUGAAGAAAAAAGAAUGAAUCCAAAUCAAUAUAACUCAUUAAAUUAAACAAUACAUCCAUCUCCAAAAGUUAAAACAAUAUCAUUAUCUACUUAUACUGUAUUAAAUUAAUUAACCUAAUUAUUAGAGUACAUAGAGUCCUGAAAUAAGAGAGAAAGAGAUUAGACAUGAAUAGAUAUCGUAAUUUAAAUAGCUAAUUAUUCAGACUAAAUAAAGUUUAGAAAAUGUAAAAAUCUCAGAUAUGCAAUAAUGUAUCGAGAGAAUAUUUGAUCAAACUAUUUAACCAUUACUUUAAUUAAAGGUAUUAAUUAAACAUUUAAUAACUAGAGUGAAGUACUUAAACAAAUUGAAAAGUGUAUCAAUGCUGAAUAAUGUUAAAUACGUUCUACUAUUGAUUCAUUAAAAAAAAUGGAGGAAGAUAUACUUUCAAAUGAAUUUAAUAUUAUAGAAUAUAUGGCUAUGGGUCCAUUUAAUGAAAUUAUGUUGAUCUAUCAAAAAAGAUUUAAAGAACACUCCAUCUUUGUUUAAUAGUUAAAUUAAUAAGAUAUUGUUAUGCAUCAAUUCAAAUAAUUACAUGACAACUUUACUUAACAAAAUCAUUUAUUAUGUAAAUAAUUAUAAUAGUCUCUGUAAAACUACUUAACAUUAUAUAUAUCAUUUUAAAACAAAGAGGAUUUUUAUGAAAUUAAAGAAUUCAAUAAAAUUUAAUAGCAAAAUCAAUUUAUCAAUAAUUUUUAAGAAAACUUGUUCCAAACAUGUGAAACUAAUAAUUCAAUUGAUGAAGAUUAAGUGAUUAUGAAAGAUUAAUAAGUGGUUAGAAUUCCAGAUAAGACUUCAUAAUUUACUUAAUUAUUAAUGAAAGGUUUAAAUUGUUAAAAGAGUUUGUUUCCAUCAGAAUCACCUCAAUUCAAGAAUUGA